CUGAGGGCUCUGAGCGCUCUGAGGGCUCUGAGGACCUCAAGUUGAAAUUAUAGGCAUUUGAAAGCAGAAAAAAGUGUGAUAAAAACAACGAACUGUCUCUACGUUUGCAAUCUGUGAUAUGCAGACGAUAUGAUAUAAUCGACGAGAUCGACGAUACAGAACAAUGACUGUACCGUGGGUUUGGUUGUUGUGGUUGCUACGUCGGUAGGAAAUAUUGACAAGUAUUUUGAAAUAGGCUGAUUUGAGGCUAAAAUUCACAUUUGUAUCUGUUUCGAGCCUACUAUCCUGAAGUUAAAACCUUAAGAAGCCGUGUAUGAAACAGAGAAAAGGUAUUGUGGUAGUCUUUAACAGCCGUAACCUUUCCAAAUAGUUGACUGUUCUGGGAAAAGUGAUGCGUUUGGAUGAUUGCUCUUGAUAAAAUAACCCGGAAGAAGUCAUCGCGGAUUCUGAAUACGUAAAAAGUAUGCUCCUCUAUGCUACUUUCAUGGAUGGAAGUAUGUAACAUUCCAUGGCUGUUAGAUGGUUACAUUUAGGAGGGAGAUACACAAACUGUGUUGGACUUAAAAGACAUGUUCAGACUGUCUGUAUUCAAGGAGGCUACAUUUGAUCUUUCUGGAGAUUAGGGGUUUCUGAAUAUACAGGAAUGAAUUAUGCCAUAGAUUCUCAUGAUUAGGAAAAAUAUAGAAAUGUGUAAAAGUUGUGCAGAUGAGCAAAUAUUCCAGUGAUUCUGAUUCAGGUAGAGGGAACAGCCAUAGUCAGCGCAGCAAGAUGAGAGGAAGAUCAAGGAGCUCCUCUGGAUCCAGUUCUGACAGUCAUUACUCUUACAAGAAGAAGUCUUAUAAGCACAAGCGAAGCAAGGGACAUCGUUCCAGAAGUCGAGAUAGACGUGGUAGAUCUUGCAGUCGGCAUCACACCAAGACUUCAGACUCUUCCCAUAGCUUGAGAUCCCGUUCAAGGAGCAAAGGGCAUAGUCGGAAGUCAUCCAGAGACAGGUCACAGUCAGGAGAACAGACGUAUUCAAAAUCAAGAUCGAGAGACCGCUCAAGGCGAAGGUCAGUAUCCCGAUCAAGAUAUCGGUCACAAUCGGGGUCAAAAGAAAGAAGCAGGUACAGGUCGAGAUCUCACUCAAGGUCAAGCUCCAAGAACAAGUCUCACUCUCCAGGCAGGAGGACAUCAGGUUCACCUGGAUCAGUGAAGCAGGAGCCAAGUACUGAGGAGCAACUACAGGCCAAACUUCAGCGGGCAAUCAAGGCAGCUCAGUCAGCUGAUGAUCAGCUGAGGCAGCAGGGACUGCUGACAGGGGGAUCUCGCAAAGAGGACCUGCACCAAGAUUCUAUCACUCCAGUGUACCAGGCCAGUGUUCUAGAUGAGAUCAAUGAUCCAGGUUUUGUUCCAAAGCGCUUCACAUCCUCAAAGUCUAUUGUUAGCCAAUUGCCUGAGACAUCUGUGAUUGACUUGACUACAGAUGCAGUGCCUUCAGGAGUUCAGGCUACUGAAGACCCAGAGAGCAUCUUCCACACAAGUCUGACUCAGGACCCAAAGAUGAAGCUGGACAGGUGGGUCAAGAAGCUGUUUCACAUGCGUCAGAAAGCCAUCAAUGGAGAACCACUGGCAUAAAUAUUUUUAUUUAUAAUAAUGAUAACAUAAACUCACAUUUCAUUCUGAUUUCUCAGUUCCAACUUUUAUAGAUAUGUAUACAUCAAGAAGAAAUGAAUAUCCUGCAUGGAAAAGUAUGUGUUUAGAACUCUUCACAUGGCCACUCUCUUCUGUUUUUGCUGGUUGUGCAUUCAUAUUGCCAAAAACAAAUGUAGCUAUGAUAGUAUUAUAAAAAGAUGACACUGUGUAUUAAGCAAGUUGUAAUAUUUAUCUCUAGGAGAAUUCCUGACACUAGAUGCAGUCCAAUUUAAACAAAA